ACCACACAACCAACCACCACCACCACGAACACGACACCACCAACAACAACCACCCCCAACCCAACACACCCAACCACAACAACUUCACACAAUAUCAAUUCAACUCAAUUCAACACACCUCAACCAACACCACACCCAAUCACCACUACCCCAUACCCCACCACAACACCAAACGCUGCAGAACAAACCACAACAACAACGACCACAAAAAAAAAAACACAACCAACCCACCACACAACUCACAUCACCACCCAAACAAACAGCGGCGCUACGUCCUUGGAGGAGCUUCUACGUGUCCGUGAGGAGGCUUUCAGCACGCAGAAUCAGCGGAAGGCGAUGCCUCCCCGAGACUGGAAGUGA